GCAAGCCGAGGUCGUCGACCGCGCUUUCCAACCGAGUUUCAAGUCGGCCGAAGAUGCAUGUUGUCGCUUCCUCUUGUAGUUGUUCCUCAUACGAUUGCCACCCCCUGACCUGCACCCAUGGAUGUAGACGAGCAGCACGUGCAGACCCUGCUGGCGAUGGGCUUUCCCGACGUGGCCGCCAUCCGCAAGGCGCUCAGGCUCGGCAAGAACGACGUGAACGAGGCGGUCGCCAUCCUGACCAGCGAGCAGCCCGGUGCCGAUUUCGAGUCGGUGGAGAUGACCGACGUCAGCGGGCAGACGGCCGAUCAGGCGCCCCCUAGCUAUGAUGAAGUCAGCAGCAGAGAGCAGGGUGAGGGUGAGGGAGAGAACCUGGAGUUUCCUGCAGGUAACCUGUACGAGCUGGAGAGUCGAACCUUCACCAACUCCUGGUCUAUCCCCUACCGCAGACAUGAGUCACUCGGCAGGUGUCUGCUGGCUGCUACAAGGCUUGCUAAGGAAGGGCUUGCAGAAGCAGAUGAGAACUGCAGAAGGUUCAUGGAUGGAGUUCUUCCUGAUGCAUUUAACAAGCUCCUGACAUCGUCUUACGUGACCACCUGGAAGGGAGAGAUCCAGGAAGGUAUCUACACCAUGAGUCAGUUACUGGUGGACCUGGUCGCCGCUCGACUCAAACAUCCACCCCUACCUGUCAAUCUACUGUAUCUACUCAGCACUGUCUUUGAUCCGGAUGUAAACUUCCAUGUGAAGAACCGCAGCCGUCCCGCGGAGCGCUUGCACUGGGACUCGGUGUUCGGGGAGGGUAAAACCUACGCCAUCAGCCCAGCCUACGCGACCGGCUGCGACCCCUGCGGCUGGCUCGUCAACCUGGUCAACAGGUGGGGAGAGAAAGACGGCUUCACCCAGCUGUUCGGAGAUGAGAGCCAGGUCCUGUGCUGGAGUGAGGAGGAACUGGCUGCAGCCUUGAGGCCUGUAGCCUGCGCUGCCCCCUACCUGAAUCACAAUGUACUGCAACCACUGCUGAAGCCACCCAUGGAGUUGGCACAUACGAAACUGCAAAGUCUUCUAACAGAUGACCUGAGGAGUAAAGACCUUGGCGGCAGCUGGUCCCUGCUGAUGUGCAUGCGGCAGCUGGUGUACCACCUGUGGGUGGAUCAGGUGGAGGCUGUCAACCAGCUCACCCUCAAGGUGCUGAUCACCUGCCUGAAGUCGCAGCACUACGGCCCCAAGAUGGCGGCACUGCGGCAGCUGGGUGAGCUGAUCGAACAGAGCAGCGGAAACAACGGUCGGGCAGGGCUGGACCAGAGGCACCUGCUCUGCUGGCUACAGGAGAACAGUGUGCUGAAAUAUGCACUGGAGGGGAGCAUACAUCAGGCACAGUAUGCUGACCGAGUCAAGAAACUUCUCCAGUUCUUAGCUCCAAACCUGGCCAAGAAGGAAAUCUCCAAUAUCUGGAAGAUGCAGGAGAACCAGCCCAUAGUUGUUGCAGAGAACAUCCAUGGCCUGCUGGUCCACGCUGCUGAACAGUUCGACGAGGAACAGCUGGAACACCUGUUCCGCCUCAUCCAGACUUCCUGGUCCAACAGCACACAUGCGACCCAGGAGCUGUUGCUGCAGCUGAUGGGUCAGCUGGCCUGCAGUACGCAGCAGUCUGGCAUCAUCCACCACGUGCUGUCCAUGCUGUGGGACAUGGCACAUCUUCCCGCCCUGCCCCGGCCCCUGCUGCACCAGGCUCUCAACCAGCACUCUACUAUACUGUUCAACACAUCACAGAUAACUACUGCUACCAGGAAAGAGUGGGUUCUGCAGUGUGUACAUGAGGUAAAGAGUGCAAGGUUUGUGGUGCCGGCCUUACAACACAUCAUGAACAUCCUCCGUAACAUGCUCAACAACAUGCCACAGAAACUCAUGCGCAGCUUUAUACAGGACAUGAAUCGGACCCAGGACUUGGUGAAGGUGUUGAUAACCAGUCUGAUCACCAUCCACAAGACAGCCAAGAGCUCAGCUGACAACAUGCAGGCCCCUGCCCUGGUUGACAGUAAGUUCGGUCUAGAUGAGUGUGUCCAGACCCACCUGAGCAUGAUUGGAGUAGUACUGGAGGACGGGGAACUGUUCCUGCCGUGGCACCGUCUGCGUGACCUGUGGGACUGUCUGGUGUCCGGCCCCGCCAGCCAAGAGGAGAGGGAGCUCUGCUGGAGAUGGCUGCAGGGGAGGCUUAACGACCUCGAGCCGGAACCUCAGAUGAACUUAUUGAAGGAGAGAUUGUUCAAAGUACCUCCUACUCAGCUGACCACCACAGGCUUCCAGUGUUUCCAGUCCUUUUUUGAAAGUGUGAAUGAAGAGCAACAUGGGCUGAGAAAACUUGUUUCCAUCCUGCAAGUGGAGAAGUCGGAUCUCCUGGGGCUGGACUAUGUGUGGAGGGUUGGGCUGGAGAGUGUGCAGGAUGAGGUGGCAGACCUGGCCAUCAGUAUGCUCAUCAGAUACUCCUACACAAACCUCGCUCCCAAGCUCAAAAAGGAACCCUUAACUGUCCAUAAGAAGUUCUUUGAAGAAUGCCAGAAAAGACUACUGGCAGCACAGUCAGCUCUGGGAGAGUCUGCCAUCGCUAAAGCGGUGACGUCUGCUACAACAGCAUUGACAGCGAACACUGUUCCACAGAUGGCGUCUGACCCAAUUAUGGCCAGGACAGUACAGUUGCGUGCUGUGGAGCGUAUUCUGCUGAUCGUGCAUCGGUACAUCAGCACAGUGGAGGAUCAGCAGUGCGUGAGCCGGACUGUUCUCUCACAUGGCGCAGCGUUCCGCGGCCAGCCGCUGUCUCUUCACGUCUCCUGUGAAACCAGCAACAGAAUAUUCGACAUCAAGGGGCACAGCAACGAGAGGUUAGGAAGUGUACGACAUAAGAUUGCGGUGGAGGUCAACCACCCGCCAGAUUAUGUACAGAUCGCUGUUAAUGAUAGGACGCUGCUGUGGGGUAAGGACCAGAAGUUGCUGCACCAGCUGAGUUUUGAGGACGGCAUGACCUUGUCUGUGAAGAUGCUGCCCUGCGGAACCCCCGCACUGGACAGCUGGAGGUCAAGGGGCAAACAGGCCAUGGUCAGCUCCCCUCACUACACCAGCGACCAGGAGAAACAACUACCAAGCAUGGUGCUGUCAGGACAGGCCGGCAUCUACGACCUGCUGUACAACACAGCUGAGCUGGAGGGGGCCAGCAUCCAGGAGUGUGUGUACCAGCUGCUGCUGCUGCUGCCCACCGACCCGACAGUGCAGUCAGCGCUGGACAGCCUGAGUGAACAGCCGGUGAAAGAGGAGAACAGAGCGGUGCUGUCCGCCGCCCUGGAGCUGCUCAUCGGACAGAAGGCGCCCAAGAUCUCUCCUCUCCGAUUGGUCUAUAACCUGCAGGCGCUGAGUGGCCAUGUAAUGCCAGUCGAUGAAGACGAGGGUCUGAGCGCCAUCCUGCACGUCCAGCAGUUCUGCCAGAACUUCCUGCGCGGCGGCGGGCUGGACUUCCUCUUCUGUCUGCUGAGUAAGGACGGUCUGGACGCUGACAUGGUGAUCCAGGCGCGCCGCGGCUGCCUCAACACCUGCCUGCAGCUGACCAGGUUUUUGCUCGGUGGAAAGCCAUCGCGUGACGUCAGCUCCGAAUCCGUGGGCGGCGCGACGCCCGUGAAGCUCCGUCGCCAGUCCGCCUCCACCCCGGAACAGGAGGCCAUGUCGCCGGGCGCGCCGUCGCCGGGCGCAAUGGCGAUGUCACCCGUCGCCGUGGCAACGGACUCGGAGAACGAGGGCGCGUACACGGCAGCGUGGAAGGAGGCCAGCAGACAGGUGCUGGACAUGACAGAGGAGGGGUUCAGGGAACUGUUACAGUGCCUGGUGGGACUGGCCUGGGCGGCGGCAGCGGGCAGACUGGACCUGGCACCGUACGCACCAGCCAACACACAAGGCACCCCAGGUCGGAAGCGUAGCGGUGGGCUGUCCCACGUGAGUAUAUGUUCGGGCGACGCGGUGUCCAGCCAGGACGCCACCAUCGCGGCGGCAGCCAUGGACCUGCUGGUGUCGUGCCUGCACCUCCGCACUCACGACCUGGACAAGUUUUACACCUGGGAGUUCCUGCAAGACUUCAUCGUCGACGUCUUACUGGCCUCCGCAAGCCCAAAGGUCCGGGAAGCUGCUACCCACAGUCUGUACUCCCUGAGCAAGAUCCGAAGCACGGUAGAACAUGGGGACAACAACACCGCCACCCCCAAACAGUUCCUGCUCAGGAUACUCCAGCAAGCGCACGUACCCCUGUGGACGUCUUCAUCGUAUGUACGAACGGCUGCCUUCCGACUUCUAUGCCAGAGCGAGCACUACUUCAGGCUGGUGUGUAAGCUAGUGCAGGGGAUGGACUCGGAUGACCUCCACGGGAUAGGGCUGAACACAACCAGUUUGCUGCAGUCAGAACUGGACUGGCUCAACAACUUCGAGCCGACGGAAUCGGACGACUAUGCGGACGCAGAUGAUGUGCUCUUGACCGGUCAUCUCCGGCUCAUCAAGACCCUGUGUCAGAAGCCAGGAGUGGACAGAGCAGACAUCGGUUUCUCCCUGAACAGGCUCCUCCUGCAACAGCUGCUGUUCCCUGCUGCCCACCGUGGGACAGCUGCGCAGACAGCCGCCCAGGGGACAGCAAAGGAACACGACUCCUCCCUCAAGUCCAAGUGUCACAGCGACUCCUGUCGGCAGGUAGCGUAUGACCUGCUGGUGAUCCUAUGUGAGGGGUGUGGGGAGAACCUCCAGGACAUGACCUCACAGCUGGUCAACAUGCACCACCAGCCACAACUCACACACAAGAGGGAGUGGGAGCAUUUACCCCUGGUGGAUGGACGAGCAGGCUGUGGAUAUGUGGGGCUUAAGAACGGCGGCGCCACCUGUUACAUGAACUCGGUACUGCAGCAGCUCUUCAUGACCCCAGGCAUUCCAGAGCAAUUGUUGGGAGUGGAAUCGUCUUCGCAGAGUGCAUCAGACGGGAUCCUACACGAGGCCCAGCGUAUCAUGGCACACCUACAGGGCAGCAUGGUGCAGUACUACACUCCUGACACCUUCUGGAACUCCUUCAAACUCUGGGGGGAGACCAUCAACGUCAGGGAGCAUCAGGACGCCUUCGAGUUCCUCACCAACCUCACAGACCAGGUUGACACCGUGCUGAAGAAGCUGGGUAAACAGGAGCUGUUCAAGUCCAAGUUCCAGGGGGUGUUCAGUGACCAGCAGAUCUGCAUCGAGUGUCCGCACCGCUACGAGCAGGAGGAGGAGUUCAUGGCGCUCAACGUCACCGUCAAACAGCCCACGCUCGAGCAGUCACUCGAGCAGUUUGUACGCGGGGAGAUACUGGAAGGUGAGAAUGCGUACCUGUGUGAGAAGUGUAACGAGAAGCGCAGUGCUGUGAAGAGGAUGUGUCUGAAGCGGCUGCCGCCUCACCUCGCCAUCCAGCUCAAACGCUUCGACUACGACUGGGAGGCCAACAGGGCACUCAAGUUCGACGACUACUUCAGGUUUCCGCGGGAGUUAGACGUGGCGCCGUACACAGUGGAAGGCGUGGAACAGUCCACGCGGCAGGGGGGGUGCACGGAGCCGACGUCUCCGGGAUCGCCCGCCAAAGCGACGACGCUGUACCGGCUGGUGGGGGUGGUGGUCCACAGCGGGCAGGCCAACGCUGGGCACUACUACGCCUUCAUACAGGACAGAAGGCCUGGCAGACAGGGCCACUGGCUGAAGUUUAACGACACGACAGUAGAGGAGGUGGAGCUGACAGAUCAGCUGCUGGAGGAGGAGUGCUUCGGGGGGACGUUCCAAGUCAGCUCUACGGCCACCAGUACGUCGAGUUCCUUCCCAGAGACCCGUGUGCGGUACUGGAGCGCCUACCUCCUGUUCUACGAGAGACAAGAUGGCCGCCCAGCUGUCCCCAAAUCACCGUCCAGCAAGGAUGUUAGGAAACCCAAUGGAAGGUCGCUGCCCAGAGGUGACAGCCUGUCCCAGCUGGCUGCCCUGAUCCAGGCGGGUGAACAGCAGGGCCUGUUCCAGUCCUCCAUGCCUCCCGACCUUCAGCAGGAGGUCCACACCCAGAACCUGCGCUUCAUGCUGAACAAGGACAUCUAUAGUGCACAGUACUUCUCCUUCAUCAAGAGACUGGUCUGCUGUCCACUGCAGGGAGAGGUGGUUACGGAGGCAGAGCUGGUGGCAGGGACCAAACUGGCUCUCCACUUCCUGUGCAAUACCUACUUCACCACCAAGGGGGCGCUGCGGUCCGAGGUGCACAGCUGGGUGGACUGUGUGAAGCAGCUUCUCCAGGCCAGCAGCCAGGCCUGCACCUUCCUGGUCAACUUUGUCAGUCAGCAGGAGGGAACGCUCUACAUCAGACCGCUGUUACUAGAGUGUCCUACGAGGGAAGUCCGCAUCACGUUUGCCUCACUGAUCCACGCUGUGCUGGAGGUCUGUCUCAAGAGGAACAUCUCACUAUGUGACAGUCUCUUACAGCUGCUACUGUCGAUGGUCAACCAGUAUGUGGCCAGCAACCUCAGGAACAGUGAUGCCUUCUUCAGCCUGUUCCAUGAGUACGGCCGGCUGGGUACCAGUGCCUGUGAACACCUCCUGCAGCAGAACAUGUUCUCGUGUCUGCUGGGCCUGCUGCUGACAGGACCACAGAUCCAGCAGGGAAACACCGGCAGUAAGUGGACACCAGGAGAGAUCCCCGAGCUGCUGCCGCUGCACCUGGCACUGGCUACCACCGUUCUACACUGUGAUGUGUCGUACGCAAGGAGCGACGAUCCAGGAGACAGCCUCCCCCCCAGACCCACCAGUAUAGUAGCACCAGAACAGUACAUCAAGGCUCCUGUAGCUGUGCAGGCCUGUAUAUCAGGGGAACAGGCAAGGGCCUACGUCAAUGAGGUUGUGUGGGUGUUCACACAGGGCUCCACCCCUCCCUCCAGCCUGGUGGAGAUGCUGCUGCACUGCUGCUACUGUAACAGGCACUUCUCCCUGAUGCUGCUGGACAGCCUUAAGCAGUACCUGAGGACCACAGCCACCAGUGAGCUGCGAGGGCUUCUCACAACUCUACAGGAGGUGUUGAUGCUGGAGGACCCCCUGCAGACUGACCGGCUGGACUCCGUCAUCAAGGGCACCAACAACGACGGUCUGAUCGGGCUGAUGCGCGGCAGCCACACCAGCGACAGCACCAGGACAUACCAGUGUGUCAAGUUCCUGGUGCACCUGGCCAACAAGAGCCACCCAGCCAAGGAGUUCCUACUGGAGGUGUCAUCUGGGUGGAAGUGGGCUGUGUCAUGGCUGCAGAAGAAGAUGCAGGAACACCAGUACCGCCCGCAGCAGUCCAACGUGUCCAAUGAGCUGUCCAGCAGCCGCAGCUUCCAGCGCACCAUGAGCGCACAGAGCACGCUGGCCGAGGCAACCGCACUGCUGUCUGAGCUGCAGCCUGACAGCGUCAGCCAAGUGGAGGACCAGCUAGAUCUGGACUGAUCCAGUUCAAACUGGACAGAUCUGGUUCAAGCUAGGCCGGUCUAGUCCAAUCAGGGCCAAUCUGAGCUGCUCAGGUUCAAUCUGAGCUGGUCUAGGCCAGUCUCGACUGAUCCAGUUCAAUCUGGAAUGGUCUGGUUCAAUCUGGACUGGUCUAGUCCAAUCUGGACUGAUCUGGUUCAAUCUGGUCUGCUCCAGUUUAAUCUGGAAUGAUCUAGUUCAACUGAUCCAGCUCAGUUGCUAAGCAACCAGGUGUUAUUGUCUGAUCUCCAGCUGGAUCUGGUUGUCAUCUAAAUUUGCCAGAUCAACAUUUUGCAAUCCAGUUCAAACCAGCUCGAUCUGGAUCCAUUCUACCAUCCAGACCAGUUAGAUCUGGUUUCAUCCAGCCAAUUCAAGCCAGCUGGAUCUGGGUAUGGCAGGAUCAGUCCCUCUACAUUGACACAGAAACACCACUUGCCUAACUAAUACAUAUAUGUCUCAGUGUUGGAGCAUGCUUCCAAAAAAUGGCUCUGUUUAUUUGUAUGUAUUUUAGCAUGUCUAUAUUUGUAAAGUUCAAAUAUGGCAGUACCAGCAUGUUGUAUAAAAUGUCUAGAGAUGCGAAAUCGUUUUCACUUACUUGGCUUGGGCUAAAAGUCCUGCAAACAUUGUAUUUAUCAUUGCUAUGCCCAACCAUGUCGUUUUCUGAAGUUGCUGUUUCUUUUAAUGUGUGUUAAAGCAUUAUUUCACAGUUAUAGGCUUAUGUGCCCCAUGCUAUAUCUACUGCAACAGGCAUACACAGAAAUCUAGUAAGGUUGCAGUUCAGAUUUGAUUUGCUAGGUGGCAUAGUUGGGCAAUGUUGGACUUGGUGUAAAGGCACUUCACAGUUUUGCUGCGUCGGAAACAGUUCUCAGGGUAAAAUGUACGUACGCAUUAUAUUUUUACAGCUUUGGGUACAGGAAAGACGUUUUGGAAGGUAUACAGUGUUGUGUUUUCGAAUCAGUCACAAAUGAAAUGGUCAACAGUGAAUCAGUUAUAAACUGUAAAAUGUAGUACAAUGUACAAACCUUUUGGGAACAUAGUGCAGACAUCUUGGCAAACAGUACAAACUUCUUUCUUAGAACGAUGUGAAAAUUUAAGACAUUAAUAAUUUCUCAUUUAGGAUCACACAUUUCCAAUAGCUUAGGUGCUCACUUUUCAUUUUCUCACUGAAGUAGUUUCAUCAUCAGGUUGCUACAUAAAUGAUUUGUUAGUAUGGCCUAGAUUUGCUAGUAUGGCCUUCUUUUUAUGGUAUUCAUCCAGAAAUACCAUGAACUGAUCAUCAGUGAGAGUACAGUGUUCAGGGCAAAUAAUAUGUGCCUUACCAAGGAACUCAGACUUUUUAAACCAUCACAAUCCACAAGUGAAACUCACUGUCAAAGUAGUACAUUGUUGCUGCAAUGAAGAAGUUGCUUUAGACACAGUUUUGCUUAUCGUUUAGUUCAGUCUUCUAAAUGAUUAGUAAGUUGGGUUUUUUUCCUAGUAAUUUUUGAAGAUGAUCUGUGUGUGUGAUUUAGAUGGCUUUUUCACAGUUAUAGCGGCUGCUUUUUGUACAGAAAGGAAUUCUUUGUCUACUGCCACUUCUCUGGUUUCCAACACAGAGAAAUCAUGUAACAACUAACUGUAAAAUAUGGGACGUUAUGCAUGUAGAACUAAAGGGCUGUUGGAAAGAUUUUUGAAACGGGGGCACAUUAUUACACCACAGUUGUGAAUACUAUUUUCUAUAUGUAUGCAGCAAUACAGAAUGGGCGAACAGGUACACUUUGCAAAAGGAAACAUCUUCUAAACCAUAUCUUCCUUUAGAUACUAGUAAUAGAUACUUGACAUUCUUACCAAUAUGACAACUGUUGCCUAUCUAGAAUAUAGUCAAAAUCAAAUGAACUAAGAAUGAAUCAGAUAUGAUCACAAUUCUAACCAAUGUGUUUACGAAUGUGGAAACAGCGUUAUGAAAACUGGGAGAAAAUGUUUUAUUCAACUCCGCCUGUUGAAGAAGAUUGACAGGUAUGUACAGUUGUACAGAAGCGAAGUUUGUACAAGAAUUUCAUCCUUAUACUCCCUGAUGGAAUUGAAAGAUAAAAUUUUGUCCUUGAUUCUAAAAUUGUUUUACUCUAUUGAUAAAUAAAGCAUGUCUG